GACCUGAGAGAGCGCAGUCACCUGCUGGUGAAGGACAGUAAGGCAAGGAACAGAGACGUUCUCGCACUGCCUUAAAAAUCAUCCGCUUUUCUCCUUCAGCUCAACAUUUUCUUUAUGUCAAGGAGACACUCCUGCCCACUUGAGAGACGCAAUAAAUUACAUUGGAAUGAACGGAAUGAAUGAGCGCAGAGUUAAUUGCUUUAUCUUGGACUCACUGUGAUUUGGAUGUUCUGACAGAACUGAGCGGUGUUGUCUGGGGGGCGAGAUGGUUUCGUCUUCACUUUUCAUACUGGGCACAUUUCUCAAAUCUGCCGCAUAAAGGUGUUCAAAGGAAGAGUGUUUCUGAGGAUGCAGCGAUUUGCCAGCCGCCAGCUCAUCGCGGGGCACAGGGAGCUUCUGCGAUUUAUGGGAUUCCUCUAGUUUUUAAUUGGGUUGGCGUGCUGUCUCCAUCACUGAGAGAUCACCUCCCUGUCCCUUACCGAGUUUCAUGACUGGAUCGCUCUUUGUUAUAAUCGUUUUAUUUUUGAACCAGCGGAGGCGUGAUCUGUGGGAAUGAGACUGGAAAAAGAAUCGGAAGACAAGUGGACCGGGCUGAGGUUAGGUCUGGAACUACAAGUCUAGGUUUCUCAACUUGAUACACUUUAAAUCAAGUUCCUACAUGGAGCGCUCAAGUUCACUGGGUAUCGAGGCACUGAAGAUGACACAGGAGCAGUACAUCCUGGCAGCACAGCCAAACAGCCUCUCCAGGCCCGAGUGCCCCCCCGUCUACCCCGUGGGGAUCUACGGCUGGAGGAAGAGGUGUUUGUACUUCUUUGUGCUGCUGCUGUUGGUCAUAAUGAUUGUAAACCUGGCACUCACCAUAUGGAUCUUGAAGGUCAUGAACUUCACUGUGGAUGGAAUGGGCACUCUGAGGGUGAAUAAGCAGGGCAUACGACUGGAAGGCAUAUCAGAAUUCCUUCUUCCACUCUACGUUAAAGAGAUCCAGUCCAGGAAGGACAGCCCACUACUCCUGCAGUCAGACAGAAAUGUGACUCUGAAUGCAAGGAAUCACCUUGGUCUCCUCACAGGACAACUCACAGUGGGCUCAGAGAUGGUGGAAGCACAGUGCCAGAAGUUCGAGGUGCGGAGCAACGACGGUGAGAGGCUGCUGUUCUCGGCUGCGGAGGAGGAGAUCAGCAUCGGCACCGAUAAGCUGAGAGUGACAGGUACCGAGGGAGCGGUCUUCGAGCACUCCGUGGAAACGCCCUAUGUCCGAGCAGAGCCUUUUCAGGAUCUCAGGCUGGAGUCUCCAACACGGACACUUACCAUGGAGGCACCCAGAGGGGUGGAGAUCAGAGCAGAAGCCGGUGGCCUCAAGGCAAGCUGUAGGAAAGACCUGCAGUUGGAGUCAACAGAUGGAGAGAUAUUCCUGAACGCAGAGACCAUCCGACUGGGCGGUCUGCCCCUGGGUACGACAGCGGCGUCUCGGGGUGCCCCGGUUCCCAAGCAGACUGUGUACGAGCUGUGCGCGUGUCCCAGCGGCAGGCUCUACCUGUCCCCGGCGGCUCUGGAGUCCACUUGCCAGACCACCAGCAACGUCUGCCUGUGGAGCUGAGAGCGGCCCACCACCCCCACACCAGAGAAGCCUUGGGUGCCACACGGCCCCGCCCACCCUGGCGCUAGCCUCGGCCGACGGACACUGAGAAGCAGCCUCCUCUUCCAGAUGGUGCGGGAGCCCACUCCACGCCAUUUCUCCAUCCUCCUUUUAAUACGAGCCAGACGGGGCGGAAGACGAGCACGAGAUGAACCUGGGAUCAAGUAGGUUUUCUUAGUGACCCACACAAAAAGCACAGGUGCCUUUGCUACUGUCAGUAAAGCACAUUAUACCCAAAAUCCUCUCCAUCUUCAGCGUGCCGUCUGCAGCUCGAGGAAUCUGUCCUCCUCUCGAACGAAAUCGAAAGACUUCCUAUUCAGUAUGCAGUUCUCUACUGUUUUAGUAAAAGCACAAUU